GGGUUGCUGCGCGGUUCGUGGCCGGGUCUGCCGCGAGCCAUGGCGGGCGAGGUCCCGGGGCGGGACGCGCUGCUGCUGCGGAAGCUCCAGGAGAGCCGCUGCCGCUUCCAGAAGCGCAUGCAGCGGCUGAUAGAGAAGUACAACCGGCCCUUCGAGGACGCGCCGCUCGUGCAGAUGGCCACGCUCACCUACGAGACGCCCCAGGGCUUGAAAAUUUGGGGUGGAAGACUAAUAAAGGAAAGAAACAAAGGACAAAUGCAGGACUCCCCUGUGAUGCCCACGGAUGGGACACAUGGCCCCGUGCGAGCCACAGCGCAAGGCCCUGAGCUUCCCGAACAAAGCACACAGGUCCUGGAAGCUGAUUCAGAAAGCAGCGAUGUCGAUGCAACUUUAGACCAGGAAGAUCGGGCUGUCACGCCUGCAGUGCCUCAAAGCCCUUUGAAAAAUGAGUUAAGAAGAAAAUACUUAACCCAAGUGGAUAUACUGCUACAAGAUUCAGGGUGUUUUGAGUGCGCAGACGACGACGGAGCUGAAAAGGACACACUCGUGACCCUGCUCCCCUCGCUGGCCUCCGCCGCCACGCCUGCCCCUGGAUAUGGUAGUGCUGUCUCUGGAGAGAGUCCUGGGGACCCAGCUGAAUCAGCUUCAUCUCCCAAACAAUGGGACCCUCCACGUCCUUGCUCAACAGACAUGGCCAUAGUACCUAGAAAUGACAGUCUCUCACUAACAAGGACCAGUAGCAGCAGCUUCUUAAGCAGCCAGUCCUUUGUAGAUGACGACAUUUGCAACGUGACAAUCAGUGACUUGUACGAGGGCAUGGUGCACUCGAUGAGCCUGCUGCUGAGUUCGAAGCCCUCAAGCAUUAUCUCCACCAAAACGUUCAUCAUGCAGAACUGGAACGCGAGGAGGAGGCACAGAUGUAAGAACAGGAUGAACAAAACAUACUGCAAAGGAGGCAGACAUUUUCAGAGGCGCCCCAAGGAGAGGUUUUUACCCUCCUCUGAACCUGUGCAAGAGAGAGGAGUAUUAAGAGAUCGUAAGAACCUACUAGAUAUUUCUUACUGUAAGACAGGUUUAAAAUUGGAAAAAGCUUUUCUUGAAGUAAAACCCCAAAUCCAAAAGUCAGAUCCGAGUUGGAAGGAGCUUAAAGUGACACCCCAGAAGUAUUCCUUAUUGACUUAUUUAGGCCCCAUUGGAACACAUAGUCCUGAUCAGGAAAAUAGAUAUAUGACAUUAAAAUGGUUACUUUCUCCUGUAAAAAGGGUUUGCAGACCAAGAAUACUACCGGGCCAUGGAGGGACUUGUCAUAGGGAGAUUGAAAUCAAAUUCAAUGAGCUCUAUCGGAAAUACUGCCUGACUCCCAGCAGACAGCCUCGCCUGACUGGCCCCCCCGGUUCCUGGGCUGUGGACGUGCAUAGAGGCGGUCCCACCAGCCCUGGUGGCCGCCAGGGCUUAGAAACCCACAGGCUGAGUUUCCCUUUCAACAAAGCAAAAGCAAAAAGUCUGACCGAGGCUUUUGAAACUGCAGGCAGAAGGCCCACGGAGGAGAGUGGGUGCCUGCCGAGGGGAGGUUCCUCUUUGUCACUCUCAAAUGCCAGCCCCACACCGAGCCCGGGUCGCUCUCAGCAGAUGCCUGACUUUCAUUUCCAAGGAAUCAGUUCUGGAACGUUUAGAAAGUCCGUAUUGCCUGGCAGAGUUGUUUCAGUACCAAGGAUAGGACCUCUGGGCUCUGGAAGAGACCGUUAUGAUGAAAUCAAAGAACAAUUUGACAAGCUUCAUCAAAAGUACUGCCCGAAAUCGCCUGUGCGGGCGAGGGCGCCUUUAGGUAUUAGAGCGUCUCCAGGUAAAGCAAGUGUGGAAGUUUGGUACCAAACAGAAGAUUUAGGAACGUUAAAUCCAGACCCUCGCUUCCAGGGUUCCCCAAAGUUAUCGCUGUCCUCGUCACCCAUGAGAAGUCUGCUGGGCUCAGCUGCAACUGUGGCUCAUCCAUCUGCCCGCGUCCCUUCUGCUACCGGGAGGGACCUUCAGUCGCCUGCAAAAAGACUCAGGUUAUCAGACCCCUGGGGGUGUGGACGAGACGUCCAUUCCCGGGAUUCCUCCGGUUGGGUGGGCAGAGCCGCCCCCAGACCGGGAGAGCAGGGCAGCUCCUCACAGCCCGACUCGGAGGAGGAGAAGAGGAAUGAAGGACGCUUUCAGGAUGGAAGAGAAAAUUGGUUUUUGUGCUAGGAAAAUUCAAAGCUAAAAAUCUCCAGCCAGGUUAACGUUGGAGCGUUGUCUCUCUAUACUCUCGCCCUCUGUUUAUGGUUGUUGUUUUGUUUUAUUUUGUUUUGUUUUUAAUUCCCAAGACAACGUGAGAACUUGGUUGACUUAUCUGUCCUUAAAGCAAAUGUCAGUGAAAUCAGCUGCAUAGGAGAUGACUCUGCAUAUAGAAAUUGUGUGAAUAAAUGCUCGAUUAAAAUGUUUCAGGUCAUCGUUUGUAGGCCUUUGUUUCACAUGUUUUCUUUCUUAAAUUUAGACACGUCCAGAGACACGUCCUUCUCCCUUAGGUUUCCUAUUUCAUUAGAGAGUGUCGUUUGCUUGUGAAACCUGAGUUUAAGCCCUGGAUACAAGUCAUCCUUAAAGGAAAAUACAGCUCCUUUGUCUUUUAAAUUCAAAACCAUGGACAGCAGAUUAAAACCUAAUACAGGUUAAGCGUCCCUCAUCUGAAAUGCUUGGGACCAGAAGUGUUUUGGAUUUCGUGGUUUUUCAGUAUUUGAGAUAUUUGCAUAUACAGUUGACUCUUAAUCAACAAGGGUUAGAACAGACCAGGUCCACUUAAAUGUAGAUUUUCUUCUGCCUUCACCACUGCUGAGACAGCAAGACGAACCCCUCCUCUUCCUCCUCCUCAGCCUGCUCAACAUGAAGACAGUGAGGAUGAAGAUCUUUAUGAGGAUCCACUCCCACUUAGUGGACAGUAAAUAUAUUUUUUCUUCCUUAUGACUUUCUUAAUAACAUUCCUUUUCUCUAGCUUACUUUAGUGUAAGAAUAUAGGAUAUAAUACAUGCAACAUACAAAAUAACGUGUUAAUGGACUGUUUGUUAUCAGUAACAGUUCUGGCCAACAGUAGGCUAUUAAUAGUUUAGUUUUUGGGGAGUCAAAAGUUUUUGACUACAUGGGGGUGAUUGAGACGCCUACCCUGCAUUGUCGAAGGGUGAGCUAUACAUGAGGAGAUAUCUUGGGGGUGGGAUCUAGGUCUAAAUAUGACAUUUAUUUAUGUUUUAUAUAUACCUUAUCACAUAGCCCGAAGGUAAUUUUAUGUGAUAUUUUUAAUAAUUUUGUAUAUUAUUAAAAGCAAAGUUUUAACUGUGACUUGUCACGAGAUCAGGCAUGAAAUUUUCCACUUGUGGCAACAUAUUGGCACUCAGAAUGUUUCACAUCUUUGGAUUACACAUGUCCAACCUAUAUAAUUCACCCAUAAAAAAUAAUUCCUAUCAUCCUUAUAUUUUUAGAUGAAAACAUGUUGUAUUUUAGCAGUCCUGCUAGUUCCAAAACGCUCUUGCAACCAUAACAGCAUCUAUGACGCCUUGUGAUUUUUAGUGCAGCCAUUCAUGACAGGAUAUCACAGUGACUAUUUUUUAAUGAAAUAUUUCAAAUAUUCAGAGUGCAGUAACAAAACCCAUGCUGGAGUAAACUGUUGUUAGUAUAUUGCUGUGUGCGUUUUGGCUUUUUGUGAAUGAAAGGUUAAAGAUUAAGUUAUGCACUGUCAUUCCCUUCCCCGCCCUGGGCUGAUGCUGGUGUGCGUCCCUUCCCCCCACACCUUGUGCUGGGACCACGUUACCUGUGUGCACGAGUCCGCGCUGGCUACCGUAAUGAAACGCCAGGGACUGGGUGGCUAAAGCGACAGAGAUCUAUUUCCUCACGGUUCUGGAGGCUGCACGUCUGAGGCAGGGAGGCAGCACGGUCGGGUUUUGGUGGGGGCUCUCUCCCUGGCUUGCAGGCAGCCGCCUUCUUGCCGUGUCCUCACUUAAUGGAGGGAGAGAGAGCUCUCUCUGCUGUCUCUUGUAAUGGCUCUAAUCCCACCUUCGUGACCACAUCCAAACCUCAUCGCCUCCCAAAGGUUCCGUCUCCAAAUACCAUCACCCAGUGGUUAGGGCUUUACCGUAUGAAUUCGAGGGAUACAAUGAGGUCCACC